CCAUGACCCGUGUCCACCGUGUCCCAGCCUCCUUCCUUAGGCUUUCAGCAAGAGGAGGAAGAGAAAUCACCGCUAUCCGCUGCUCUCUGGCCGGUUAUUGUGUAAACAAUGUCCACGAUUCAAACGCUGAGAGCUUUUGUGAACCACCGACUGAGUGCGGCUGUAGAGGAGAUCUUCGGGCUGCUGGAAACAACCAUCUCAAACUACGAGGAAGAGAUUGAUCGCCAGCGGAGGCUGCUGGAGGAUGUUGUCAAACCUGACGUCCACAGAAACACAGCAGAUGUCGAAACACCGAUUGUCAGUAAAGAAGAGCAGCAGGACCCAGAGCCCCCACACAUUAAAGAGGAACAGGAGGAACUCUGGAGCAGUCAGGAGGGAGAGCAGCUUCAAGGACUGGAGGAAGAUGAUAUCACCAAGUUCCCAUUCACUGCUGUCUCUGUCAAGAGUGAAGAGGAGGAAGAGAAAGCUCAGUUCUCACAGCUUCAUCAAAGGCUAACCGAGGAGAGCAGAAAGGCAGAGCCUCCAGCGUGCAGCUCAGCUCAACAGAUUGAAACAGAAACUGACAGCAGUCAUCAGCUGCCAUCUUUAUCCUGUUGUGAAUCAGAGACUGAGGAUAGUAAUGAUGAUUGGAAGGAGACAAGAGAACAAGAGUCAGGUUCAGACACGCUGAAAAAUGAGAGCACUUCGAAUCAUAAUAAGUCCCACAGCCACGAAAGGCCAUUUAGUUGCACAGUUUGUGAUAAAAGAUUUGGCUGCAAAGGAAAUCUGCAGGCCCACAUGAGAAGCCAUACGGGGGAAAAGCCGUUCAGCUGCGCAGUUUGUAACAAAAGUUUUAGUGCAAAGGUCAAUCUGAAGACUCACAUGAGAAGUCAUACUGGGGAGAAACCGUUCAGCUGCUCAAUGUGUCACAAAAGUUUUAGUCAGAAGAAGACAUUAGUUAUACACUUGAGAAGUCACACAGGGGAGAAACCGUUUAGUUGCUCAUUCUGUGUGAAACGUUUUAGUGAAAAGGGAACAUUGAAUAGACACAUUAGAGUUCAUACAGGAGAGAAACCAUACAGUUGCAGUGUUUGUGGACGGAAUUUUAGUUUGCUGUCACAUGUUAAAAGCCAUAAGUGUGCUGGUGCGAGCAGUAACGUGUGAAUCUGCCUGGUUUGUGUUUCCAAAUUGAUAUUUGGGUAAAGCUGCAUUCAGACCACAAAUGGUACUACGUUUGAAAAAAACUAACACGCUAGAGGCUGGGUUGUUGCGUCAGCUACUGGUUGGACGAUGAAGUACUGUGCGGGGAGUCCUUGAGUUUGAAAUAUUAUAGUUUAGAAUACUAUAAGAUGAGAUUUUACAACUCUGGAAAUUAUCAUGGUGGCAAUAAUUGUAUACUCUAUCUCAACAGUGAGAUAGAAUUCUAUUCAUUCAUCAUUUUACAAAUUGAUGUACCAGGAACAUGCACAAGUAUUUGACUGACCAAGGCAUGGUGUCAUAGUAGUGGGAUAACCAUAUGGGGACAGUGGUACUCAGAACUAGACACAACACAUGCUCAACAACAUGACUGCGCCCUGUAAACAAUUAUUCAGAGCGACGCAACGAACAAUUCAACCACACAAAGGAUGUAUUGCAGAUCGACUGCAAUCACUAAUUGCUCUGUAACAUGCCAUCAAGCGACAAUAAAUGAUCAUUAACCUACAAUGCGGCAUGCUUACAGAUGGAAAACACACUCUAUGGCAACAAAUAGAAUUAAUAUUCACUGAUAUUCUGCGAAUGAUGUGGUUGAGCUCACACUACAUUGCAAAUGAUCCGCUGCCAAUGCGUGCACCAUAUAAGAGGGUUCUAGUGCUUUUUGUUUUACAUCCCUGUGUUUUUUUGCUGAAGCCCUUUGUGUUGGGAACCCACCGUCCCAUAUUGCCCGACCGAUACCUGAACAUGGCAGAUAGUAUGCACACAAGUUAUUGUAUCAAAGAUAUUGGUGUCUGCAUAUAUUUCUGACAGUAAGGAGCAAGAAAUGUCAGUAGAGAAAUGUCUACAAGAUAUGUUUGAGGCCAUGUAGAAACAGUGUCUCUAUUCGGCGUGGAGAGGUGGUUGUGUUGCUCUGGCUCUACCUAUCUGGCGUGGAGAGGAGGUUGUGUUGCUCGGGCUCCAUCUGUUUGGCGUGGAUAGGAGGUCGUGUUGCUCGGGCUCUACCUGGUUGGCAUGGAGAGGAGGU